GUCUACAUUUCCGAGAUCUCCCACCCAGGAAUCCGGGGGGCGUUGGGCUCCUGUCCUCAAAUCAUGGCUGUUUUGGGCGCCCUCUUCCUUUAUGCUUUAGGUCUCCUGGUGCCCUGGCGUUGGCUGGCGGUUGCUGGAGAAGUCCCUGUCCUUCUCAUGAUGUCUCUCCUCAUCUUCAUGCCCGACUCGCCCCGUUUCCUGAUUUCCAAGGGGAAGGAAGACGAGGCCCUGGGUGCUCUCCGGUGGCUGAGAGGCGAAGACGUGGAUUAUUGGUGGGAAUACGAGCAGAUCAAAGCCAGCGUUCAGGAACAGAAUCAACCCAUUACUUGGGCAGAAAUCCGCAAACCUCACAUCUUCAAGCCUAUCGUAAUUACUUUGCUGAUGAGGUUCCUGCAGCAGCUUUCGGGGGUUACCCCAAUCCUGGUUUAUCUGCAGCUGAUAUUUGACAGCACGGAGGUCAUCCUGGCCCCGGAGUAUGACGCCGUUAUUGUGGGCGGCGUUCGCUUAGCCUCGGUGCUGGUUGCGGCUUUUUCGAUGGAUAAAGCUGGGCGGAAGGUUCUUCUGUAUGUCUCUGCUUGCCUGAUGCUCGCCUCAAACCUCACGUUGGGCGUCUACAUCCGCUUCAUCCCUCAACUUCUCCACAAUUCGUCAGCGGUGGCGGCGAAUGGGACCCACGGGGGCCUCGGCGACCCCUCCAUGGUGGGCCUCACCGCGAUCCCUUUGGUGGCCACCAUGUUCUUCAUCAUAGGCUACGCCAUGGGUUGGGGUCCCAUUACGUGGUUGUUGAUGGCAGAGGUCCUUCCCCUGAAGGCGCGAGGGGUGGUCUCCGGCCUCUGUGUACUUGUGAGUUGGUUGACUGCCUUCGCCUUGACCAAAGCCUUUCUGUUGGUUACG